CUGAAUGAAUGAAUGAAUGAAUGAAUGGCCCCACAGCUGGAAAGCUGCGCCAUGAACGCAUUGGCUUUAAACAGUGGAAUAAUGAUGGAUAUGUUUUAUUAUUUUCUGUGGUUCCUGCCGUCAGUGUGGGCUGUCGAAGAAACACUAAUGGAUUCAACAACAGCAACAGCAGAACUGGGCUGGACAAUUUACCCGUCACAGGGGUGGGAGGAGGUUAGUGGCUAUGAUGAAAACAUGAACACCAUCCGAACAUACCAGGUGUGCAAUGUCUUUGAUAGCAGCCAGAACAACUGGGUACGCACCAAGUACAUCCAGCGCCGUGGUGCUCAGCGCAUCCAUGUCCAGAUGAAGUUCUCAGUGCGCGACUGUGGUUCGAUACCCAACGUCCCUGGCUCCUGCAAAGAAACCUUCAACCUUUACUUCUACGAGUCUGACUCGGACACAGCUACCAAAUCAUCCCCACUGUGGAUGGAGAACCCCUGGGUGAAGGUGGACACUAUAGCAGCUGAUGAAAGCUUCUCUCAGGUCGAUCUUGGAGGUCGCAUCAUGAAGAUCAACACUGAGAUCCGGAGUUUUGGACCAGUUUCGCGAAAUGGCUUCUACCUUGCUUUCCAGGAUUAUGGCGCCUGCAUGUCACUCAUUGCUGUUCGGGUCUUUUAUAGGAAAUGUUCCCAAGUAAUCCAGAAUGGUGCCAUUUUUCCUGAGACUCUGUCUGGAGCAGAGAGCACCUCACUGGUAGCAGCCAGAGGAGUUUGUGUUCCAAAUGGUGAGGAGGUGGAUGUACCCAUUAAGCUGUACUGUAAUGGAGACGGGGAGUGGAUGGUGCCCAUUGGACGGUGUGUGUGCAAAGCCGGAUUUGAAGCAGUUGAUAAUGGUACAGUCUGCAAAGCGUGCGUGUCAGGCUUCUUUAAGGUGGCGCAGGGAGAACACAAAUGUCUACAGUGUCCCUUCAACAGUCGCACCACAAACGAGGGAGCGACUACCUGCGUCUGCCGCAGCAGCUACUACCGCACUGACUCUGACCCUCCACAGAUGCCCUGUACCACUGUUCCCUCAGCUCCACAAAACGUCAUCUCCAUUGUGAAUGAGACCUCUCUGAGGCUGGAGUGGAGUCCACCACAGGAGACCGGCGGCCGAGAAGACGUAGUAUAUAACGUCAUUUGUAAAAGCUGUGGCAGUGGACGAGGAGGCUGCACCCGCUGUGGAGACAACGUGCAGUUUGUCCCGCGCCAGCUGGGACUCACCGACACGCGUGUGCGCAUCAGUGACCUCCUGGCUCAUACCCUGUACACCUUUGAAAUACAGGCUGUCAAUGGAGUGUCCGACCAAAGUCCUUAUUCACCGCAGUACACAUCUGUGAACAUCACCACCAACCAGGCUGUGCCGUCGGCAGUGUCCAUCAUCCACCAGGUUAGCAGAGCGCCUGACAGCAUCACACUGUCCUGGUCCCUGCCUGAUCAACCCAAUGGCGUAAUCCUGGACUAUGAGCUGCAGUACUAUGAGAAGAACCAGGCAGAGUGGAACUCAUCUCUCACCAGGAGUCAGACCAACACUGCAGUCAUACGAAGCCUCAAGCCUGGAACCAUCUACGUAUUUCAGGUCCGAGCUCGGACUGUUGCAGGAUUUGGACGCUUUAGUGGCAAAAUGCACUUCCAGACAAUGACUGAAGAAGAAUACAAGUCCAGUAUCCAGGAGAAGCUGCCGCUCAUCAUUGGCUCAGCUGCUGCAGGAGUCGUUUUCAUCAUUGCCAUCACUGUCUUCAUAAUUGUCUGCCACAGCAGGAGAAGCUCAGACAGACCAGAGUCAGAGUACACAGAUAAACUCCAGCAUUACACCAGUGGCCACAAAGUGACACCGGGAAUGAAGAUCUACAUUGACCCCUUCACAUACGAAGACCCCAAUGAAGCAGUCAGAGAGUUUGCCAAGGAGAUCGACAUUGCCUGUGUCAAGAUCGAACAAGUGAUUGGUGCAGGAGAGUUUGGGGAGGUGUGCAGUGGAAACCUGCGUCAGCCUGGGAAGAGGGAGAUCCUCGUGGCGAUUAAGACCCUGAAGGCCGGCUACACCGAACGCCAGAGGCGGGACUUCCUAAGUGAGGCGUCAAUCAUGGGCCAGUUCGACCAUCCCAACAUCAUCCAUUUGGAGGGAGUGGUGACCAAGAGCAGCCCAGUGAUUAUCAUAACUGAGUUCAUGGAGAACGGAUCACUGGACUCCUUCCUCAGGCAAAAUGACGGGCAGUUCACGGUGAUCCAGCUGGUGGGAAUGCUGCGAGGCAUAGCAGCAGGAAUGAAAUACUUGAACGACAUGAACUAUGUCCACCGAGAUCUGGCCGCGAGGAACAUCCUGGUCAACAGCAACCUGGUGUGCAAAGUGUCCGACUUUGGCCUGUCACGCUUCCUCGAGGAUGACACUUCAGAUCCAACCUACACCAGCGCUCUGGGAGGAAAGAUUCCCAUCAGGUGGACAGCUCCUGAGGCCAUUCAGUACAGGAAGUUUACCUCCUCCAGUGAUUGCUGGAGCUAUGGCAUCGUCAUGUGGGAGGUGAUGUCGUACGGAGAGAGGCCGUACUGGGACAUGAGCAAUCAAGAUGUCAUCAAUGCCAUAGAACAGGACUACAGGUUACCUCCACCUAUGGAUUGUCCAAACGCUCUCCAUCAGCUGAUGCUGGACUGCUGGCAGAAGGAGCGGAACAAUCGUCCUAAAUUCGCCCAGAUAGUUAGCACCUUGGACAAGAUGAUCCGUAACCCCAACAGCCUCAAGGCUAUGACACCGUUGUCGUCGAGCGUCCACUUACCUCUGCUCGAUCGCAACACUCCAGACUUCUCCUCUUUCAGCACGGUGGACGAGUGGCUGGAGGCCGUUAAGAUGGGGCAGUACAAGGAGAACUUCGCCAACGAAGGCUUCACCAGCUUUGAUUUGGUGUCUCAAAUGACCAUUGAGGACAUCCACAGAGUGGGCGUGACAUUAGCCGGGCACCAGAAAAAAAUCCUUAACAGCAUUCAGGUCAUGAGGGCCCAGAUGAACCAGAUCACUUCAGUGGAAGUGUGACCUCAAACGGGCUCUGUUUACUGUCCAAAACCCAGCACCGGGGCCACUCUGCAAUCUCCAGGAACCUCU